GUCUGAACAGAAAGAGAAAGGGAUUAGGUUUGAACAGGAGGAGACAGGGGUUUAGAUUGGACAGGAAGAGACAAGAGGAGACAGUAGUUUAGUCUGAACAGGAGGAGGCAGCAGGAGACCAGGGUUUUGUUUGGAAGAACUGAGUGGACAUCUGAGUGGAGAUCAGGCUGUGAUGAAGCUGCGACUCGACCUUCUGCUCCUGCUGUGCUGCUCCAUCUGUCUCCAACUUCUGCAAAUUCUUCAUCACACUCAUGCUCACACUGCGACUCUUUGGGAAGCUGAUCCUUCAUACUGGAAUGAACAAGCAAAGAAAAUGCUGCAUGAUGCACUUGAACUCCAGCCGAGGAAUCACAGGGCCAAAAAUAUCAUCCUCUUCCUUGGUGAUGGAAUGGGUGUUUCCACUGUCUCAGCUGCCCGAAUCCUGAGAGGACAGAUGGAUGGAGGCUCAGGGGAGGAGACUGUCCUCGCUGUGGAUACAUUUCCUUACCUUGCACUGUCAAAGACUUACAGCGUGGAUAAGCAGGUAGCGGACAGUGCAAGCACGGCUACAGCAUACCACUGUGGUGUUAAAGCAAACUCUAAAACAGUGGGUUUAAGUGCGAGUGCCAUCCCCUACGAGUGUAACACGACCUUCGGAAAUGAAGUUUACUCUGUCCUGCAUCGUGCUAAAUUACAAGGUAAAUCAGUAGGCAUUGUGACCACCACUCGUGUCCAACAUGCAUCUCCGGCAGCAGCAUACGCCCACUCAGUGAGCCGCAGCUGGUACAGUGAUGCUGAUUUACCACCCGAAGCCCAACAAGAUGGCUGUGUGGACAUUUCCACUCAACUCAUCAGUAACACCGACAUUGAUGUUAUUCUUGGAGGUGGACGGAUGUACAUGACACCCAAAGGUACUCUGGAUCCAGAAUAUCCAUCUUCAUCAUCACGGAAAGGUGAUCGUGAGGACAAGAGGAACCUGAUCGAGGAUUGGCUGGAUCAGCGGAAGGACAGAAGUGCUCAGUAUGUUUGGAAUAAAGAGCAGUUUAAUGCUGUGAAUGUGAACACUACAGACUGUCUGAUGGGGCUAUUUGAACCGAAGGACAUGAGGUUUGAGGUGUUCAGGAACCGGACACGGGAUCCCUCCAUUGUGGACAUGACCGAAAAAGCCAUUCAGAUCCUCAAGAAAAAUCCAAAUGGAUUUUUCCUCUUUGUGGAAGAUGAAGGCAGGAUCGAUCACGGCCACCAUGCUGGUAUCGCUAAACUGGCGCUUACCGAGACAGUGAUGUUCGACCGAGCAGUACGUCGAGCAUCUCAGCUCACUGAAGAGUCAGAAACCCUCACCAUUGUCACAGCAGAUCACUCACACGUCUUCACAUUUGGUGGGAACACACUGCGGGGAAACCCUAUUUUUGGUCUGGCACCGAAGAACGCAGAUGACAGACUUCCAUUUACUAGUAUCCUGUAUGCUAAUGGCCCCGGAUACGUGCAUGUAAAUGGGACAAGAGGGAACGUGUCAACAGUGGAUUACUUUGAUGAGGAAUACAUGCAGCAGGCUGCUGUGCCAUUAGAUGCCGAGACUCAUGGAGGCGAAGAUGUGGCAAUUUAUGCUAAAGGUCCAAUGGCUCAUCUUCUCCAUGGAGUUAAAGAGCAACAUUACAUCGCUCAUGUGAUGGCAUAUGCCGCUUGCCUCCAUCCAUACAACGAGUGCCCCCCUGAAUCUAACUCAACCCCUCAUCUCUCUCUCUCUCUGUCCCUCAGUUUUUCAUGUGCAGUGAUAUGGUUCAGCUCUAGAUGACAGUGUUAAUCUAUGCCUGUCCUCCAAGGAAGGCUAUAAUGCACCCUCUUCCACUUCCACUUGCUAAAGUCAUUUUAGAGGUUUUACCUGCAAUGAGAAGAUGAGGUUGAAACUUGAUUAUGUGAUAUGCCUUCAGAUCAACAUGAAAUACACCAUAAAAUACUGGUUUCAAUUAUACCAUAUGCUACCUAACAAUAUUAGCUGCCUAAAUACAACACUGACCAAAUGUUAGCCAGCUAACUAGAUAGCUUAAAGAUAAUAAUCUUUGCUAUCUAUGAUGUUAAGUAAACUAUCAAAAUGUGUAAUUAAACCCAGAAGCUAGCAUGGAUUUGCAAACAUGUUAGCUACACACAAUCAUAGUUCUGAGCAUUUGCAGAGGGCUUUAUUUGAAACUCAGGGAUGGAUUGUAACAAAUUCCCUUUUUUAAAUAAAUAUUGUUUUUGCAGUUUUACAAUCAUUUCAACCACACGUACAUAAAGAAAAUGUCUUUAAAAAGAUUAAUGUGUCUCUGUAAUAAUUGUUACUUGUUUUGUUUCUUUUAAUCAAUCAAAUUUUCUAUGUAGAACUUUUAUAUGCAUUUUCUAAAGUAGGAGAUUUCUGUAGAAUUUAUAUUUACAGUACUGUAUAAUGUACACUGAAGCAAAAUUUUGAAAUAAAAUUUUUAUCUAUUUUCGAUAUUUCAUGGAAUUUCGUGUGUGUGUGUGUGUGUGUGUGUGUGUGUGUGUGUGUGUGUGUGUGUGUGUGUGUGUGUGUGUGUGUGUGUGUGUGUGUGUGUGUAUGACAGUUUAUCAAUUGCAGCAUGGACUGAGAUCAGUGAUUCACCCACAG